AAAUAAAUAAAUCAAAAAAAUCAUUACAGCUUUUUUUAUGAUUUUGCAACAUUACAUUACAUCAACAAUCGUCAUGAUCAAAUUAGGACAAUCUAAAUGAAAUUGAUUUUCCGGAUAUUACACAAACACCACUAUAUCAUCAACGUCGCCUACACAUACACAUAAAAUUGAUUCACAUCUGCCAUUCUAUUCCUAUAUAUGUGGUGGCCAUAUAGCAACUUUAUUGACUCCAGGAUGAAAAAAAAUUGAUUAGUUGAGGAUUGAAAAUUGACAAUCACACAAUCAUGUGUUGAAUAUUCACGUCUUUCAACUGCUCAAAUGAAUCCAAAAAUAACUUUUUUUUCUGACUAAUUUCCGUCAUUUGGAGAAAAAAAAUCGACCAAGAAUUUGAUGAGAGAUCAUUGACCACUUAUUUAUUUUUCACCGAAUGUAUAUUUUUAUGAUGAUGUGAAUUAUAGCAAAUAUAUGACAGACAAUUGUACCGUGUGACCUCUAGCGGUCAAUUUUUUCAAUUUGAUUCAUUCUGUUGUUUUUGCAUGUGUUCGCUGUUGUUGUUGGUGGUGGUGGUGUGUGUGCAUUUAAUAAUUCAUUCAUUUCUCGAUCGAUACAUCGAAAUAACCGAAAUCAGCAAUUAAACAAUCAAUCAAUCGUCGAUCAACAAUAACAACAAUCGAAUAAAAUUCAUCAAAUUCACCUAUUGAAGUGGUUUUGUUUUCUAUCUGUUACUCUCUCGUAUUUGAGAUUUAUUUAAAAAUUUUCUUUUUCUCGUCUUGCUGUUGUUACACAUGCACGUGAAUUGAAUUGUUAUCGGCUCUUUUUUCCCAUCAACAUCAUCAUCAUCAUCAUGCAGACAUAAACAGACAAAUCUAUGGCAGUUUUUGGGCAAAACUAAAAAAAAAAAUGAAUUGAAAACCUUGAACAUUUUUGAAAUGAUUGCCUAUUGCAUUGUGUGCGUAUAUUAUAUAUCUGAAUGAUAAUAAUGUCGAUGUUGAUGAUGAUUAUUGCAUGAACAAAGAUGUUUUCAAUGUUUGUUUUUGUUUAGUUUUCGAUUCUUAUUGAAUUCGACAUGCUGAUGAUGAUGAUGAUGAUGAAUCAACAGAAAAACAACAAUUCCACGUUAUUGAUUUGAUGCGUAUUCCUGUCAAAAACGAAAAUCAAAUUCAAAAAAUCAUUGUCAAUCUACACAGAAAUCUUACCCAACGAAAAAAAAUGAUGAUGAAUUCAACAGCAGCAUUGAAUCAAUUAUUUCAAGGUUUUGGAAAAAAUAUCAAUUUUGUUCCAUGUACCGAUUGGAAUGGACCACAUCAUAUUUUUUUACAAUUUGCCAAUUUUUUCAUUUUUAUCGGACUUUUUUUCAGUUCAACAAGCAUCUAUUCACUGCUGUUUCUUCGUUCAAUGCUUCUGUCAGCAAAUCUGAUUACAUUGUUAUGGAUUUGGCUGGUAUCCUGUUCUUCGGAUUUAUUAUUCUGGAAUUCGUUGUUUGCAUUGAUUAAUUUUACUCAUAUGAUUAUUAUUUUCUGUAAACUUCAUCCAUUCAUCAGGUUUCCACAUGAAGUUGAAAUGGCAUAUAGAAAUCUAUUUCGUCCACUCGGUGUGUCACGUUAUGAUUUUAAACGUCUUUAUUCUUGUACUCGAACCAUACAGAUAUUGAAACCGAAAGAUAUUUAUGCAAUGGAAAAUGAAACAUUAAUUGAUAAAUUAUCUUUGCUACUAUCUGGUCGUGUAUCGGUAGUACGUAAUGGCCACACAUGUCAUAUAAUUGAUUGUUAUCAAUUUCUUGAAUCACCUGAAUGGUUUGGCAUGAAUACUUCGGAUACUUAUCAGGUAUCAUUCAUAGCAUUAGAAGAAUCACAAUUACUUGUUUGGAAUCGUGAUAAAUUGAAAUUAUCGAUUAGUUCUGAUCGUUAUCUUCAAACAAUACUUGAUCAUAUACUUGGAAAAGAUAUUGUGAAGAAAUUAAUGCUCUCAUUGGAUAUUGAUGUCGUGGGACAGAUAAGUGGAUUGUCAUCAGCGAAUAAUUCGGAAAAGACAAAAUUAAUGCAUCACCUUCAUAAUCAUCAAAUUCUUUCAUUGAAUAAUAUUAAAAACUCAUCACAAUGUUUUUGGAAUCUAUCAUCAUCAUUAAAUACAAUGGCUAACGAUUCUUCAUCCGUGGCUACUGCUAACAAUGAAUCUGCACCAAUUCUAUCACAAUUGGCCAAUAAUAAUUAUCAUCAUCCACAAGAAACGACUUUAUAAAGUUCAAUAGUCAUCAUUCAUUUUUUAUCGAUCGAUGAUAAUGAUAAUGAUAACCACAAGCAACAUUUAAAAAUUGAUCCAACCGUUUAGAAAUGAUGAAAUGAAGUAAAUCUUGACAAGCAUAUAGAAUGAAUACGAGCAUUAUUUCGAUUUUUUCAACCUUUUUAUCUAAAAA